AUGAGGGAAAUCAUUCACAUUUCCACCGGUCAGUGUGGUAACCAGAUUGGGGCUGCGUUUUGGGAAACGAUAUGUGGCGAGCACGGGCUCGAUUUCAACGGUACUUAUCACGGAGAAGAUGACAUCCAGAAAGCGCGUUUGAACGUGUAUUUCAACGAGGCGUCGUCCGGGAAAUGGGUUCCCCGCUCCGUGAAUGUCGACCUGGAGCCCGGCACGAUUGACGCCGUGCGCAACUCGCGCAUCGGCAACCUUUUCAGACCAGACAACUACAUUUUCGGCCAGUCAUCUGCAGGUAACGUGUGGGCCAAGGGUCACUACACAGAGGGUGCAGAGCUCGUGGAUUCCGUUAUGGACGUAAUAAGGCGCGAGGCGGAAGGUUGCGACUCCCUACAGGGUUUCCAGAUCUCGCAUUCCCUUGGUGGAGGUACCGGUUCCGGCAUGGGUACGCUAUUGAUCUCCAAGAUAAGAGAAGAGUUCCCAGACAGAAUGAUGGCCACUUUCUCGGUGGUGCCUUCUCCCAAAACCUCGGACACCGUCGUCGAACCCUACAACGCGACUCUUUCGGUCCAUCAGCUAGUCGAGCACUCCGAUGAGACCUUCUGUAUUGAUAACGAGGCGCUUUACGACAUUUGCCAAAGAACUUUGAAAUUGAGUCAACCUUCUUACAACGACCUCAACCAUUUGGUCUCUUCCGUCAUGUCGGGUGUCACUACCUCGUUGCGUUAUCCCGGUCAACUGAACUCUGACUUGAGAAAGCUUGCCGUCAAUUUGGUUCCGUUCCCACGUUUACAUUUUUUCAUGGUUGGUUACGCUCCGUUGACUUCAAUUGGGUCUCAAUCUUUCAGAUCUUUGACGGUGCCUGAACUCACACAACAGAUGUUUGAUGCCAAGAACAUGAUGGCCGCAUCGGAUCCAAGAAAUGGUAGAUACUUGACUGUAGCGGCCUUUUUCAGGGGUAAAGUCUCUGUCAAAGAAGUUGAAGACGAGAUGCACAAAGUCCAGACUAGAAACUCUUCUUAUUUUGUCGAAUGGAUUCCAAACAAUGUGCAAACGGCAGUGUGUUCUGUCGCUCCCAAGGACUUGGACAUGGCAGCCACUUUCAUCGGAAACUCUACCUCGAUUCAAGAACUUUUCAAGAGAGUUGGCGAUCAAUUUGGUGCCAUGUUCAAGAGAAAGGCCUUUUUGCACUGGUAUACCAGCGAAGGAAUGGAAGAGCUUGAGUUUUCGGAAGCUGAAUCUAACAUGAACGAUCUGGUUAGCGAAUAUCAACAAUACCAGGAAGCUACUGUUGACGACGAAGAAGAGCUUGACUAUGCUGACGAACAACCAAUGGCUGAGAAUUUUGAAUAG